AGGGCGGGGGGUGCCAUGUCUCGAGAGCGGCCCCCCCGCACCGACAUCCCGCGCAACCUGAGCUUCAUAGCCGCGCUGACGGAGCGUGCCUACUACCGCAGCCAGCGGCCCAGCCUCGAGGAGGAGCCGGAGGUGGAGCCAGGCGAGGGCGGGACGCGCCUCGGGGCCCGGUCCCGAGCUCAAGCUCCGAGUCGGGGUCGCCGGGCCCUCUCUGCGCCAGCCGGAGGCGGCGGAGUUCGGGUGCCUCGCAGCCGCAGCCCCGACACCCGCAAGAGAGUGCGUUUCGCCGACGCGCUUGGGCUGGAGCUGGCCGCGGUGCGCCGCUUCCGCCCCGGAGAGUUGCCCCGGGUGCCCCGCCACGUGCAAGUUCAGCUGCAGAGAGACGCCCUCCGCCACUUCGCGCCGUGCCAGCCUCGCGCCCGCGGCCUCCAGGAGGCGCGCGCCGCCCUAGAGCCGGCCAGCGAGCCCGGCUUCGCCGCCCGCUUGCAGGCGCAGCGCAUCUGCCUGGAACGCGCCGAGGCGGGCCCGCUGGGCGUGGCCGGGAGCGCGCGUGUGCUGGACCUUGCCUACGAGAAGCGCGUGAGUGUGCGCUGGAGCGCCGACGGCUGGCGGAGCCAACGCGAGGCCCCCGCCUCCUACGCCGGUCCGGCCCCGCCCCCGCCGCGCGCGGAUCGCUUCGCCUUCCGCCUUCCGGCGCCACCCAUUGGGGGCGCCCUGCUUUUCGCCUUGCGCUACCGCGUGACCGGCCACGAGUUCUGGGACAACAACGGCGGCCGUGACUAUGCUCUACGGGGGCCCGAGCACCCCGGGAGUGGCGGAGCCCCGGAGCCCCAGGGCUGGAUCCACUUUAUCUGAGACUCCUGCGGCCGACGGCGCAAAAAGCAAAGGCACCCAGGGGCCGGGGGAGCCCGAAGAUUUGGCUGGGAAGAACGAAAGAAACCGAAAUUGGCUGGGAGCUGUCCAAGAGAGUCAAGUGGGGGAGGGCGAGGAGGACGGGAGAAUUCAAAGGGGUGUGGGAGUGGGCGGAAUCGAGAAAGGUCGGGAGGUGGUGGAAAACAUUAGUUGGAUGUGAGUGAUAGUAACCCAACGCAUAUAGGAAAGAAAACCAGAAAAGGCUCUGGGGGGAUUAGGAAAAAAAAAGCCAAGAUGGGGGUUGAUGAUGAUGUCCUAUUCCGUGAGCUGGCACUGGGAGAAAGUAAGUGGGUUCGUCAGGCCUAGGAAGUUGAAGGUUAAGGUUAUCUCUUUGGGAUUGAGGAGGUAUUAUGUUUGAAAUAUGAGCCCACCCUGCUGAAGUCAUUUGGAGUGCCAGCUCAUUCCCUCUCUUACCCGCCUUUGCCACCUCAGGUCCCUAGCCCUGCCCAUCCUAAGCUUUAACUCAGCCAUAAUUGCCUUGCUUAAGUCCCAGGAUAAGUCCCCUGUUAUUCCCGAAGAUCCCAGGCUUCAUUCUUCCCUGACUGGCUGGGGAGUGGUGGCAGACCCCCGCCGCCCCCAGGCAGUCCUGGGGAUUAAAAUGAAGGCAAAACCAACUCCAGGCCUGUCCUUGUAGCCAAAUAAUGUGCCUGAGGAGUUGGUACACUCAGGGGCUUCCAGAAAAAUGCCAGCCUUACCUUUCUGGGGUGCCUUUUAAUGACCCCUAAGCACUUUAUGGAAUGCAUUUGUCAAGGAACAGUGAGUCACAAGAAUCACUCUAAUUCUGCCUCAGAAGGAAAGAGUCACUGACUAGCUGUAUUACUUUGGGCAAUGUUACUUCACCUCUCUGGGCCCCAGUCUCCAACUUGGGAAAUUAGAUUUUGAUUAAGUGAUCUCAUACAGCCGAUUCUUGCUCUGACAUUUUAUGAUCUACUGAGUGGCAGAGUGUGGAUGAGAAGCCACAUUCUCCAACCUACAGUUGGAGUACCACAGGUCAGAACACAAAGCAUCCCAGCAUUGGAUUGAGGCCAAGGAUGGGUCCUCCAGUUUUGACACAGAUACUCCAGAGGCCAAUAAGCAUCCCAUAACCAGCUUGCAGCCUUAUGGUAUUCCAACACCUUUUUCAAACUGCAGCUCAUCCUCUGCCCCUUGCCUUUUGCUCUUGCCCCCACAGACUCCCAGUCUAGGUGCUCUGAGACAGGUUUGAGUAGGUGCAUCUCUGUUGGGGAAAAUGAUGUUUGGGAGCCCCAGAGAUGAAAGGAAACAAUGUUGAGGCUCUCUUGAGGAUAAAGAAUUAUGGAUAUAAGAAAUGGAGAACAUUUCAAAUAAAAAAACAAAGCUACUGAAUAAUUAAGUGGCACCAGAAGAUGGCAGUGUGUUCUAUACCCUGAGCAAGUCAAAUGGGAAAGCAGGACUCUUCUACCCAUUCACAGUCAUGCCUUAGGUCUCCCCUCCUGGUUAACCUCUACUGGUAGUUUUUCCUUUCCUGUUACCCUAUUCCUAAGCUCUUUGCCUUUUUGUUUGUUUGUUUGUUUCUCUCUCUCAUCACUUUCACUCUUUUAGCAUAUAGGGUAUUUACCUUCGUUUUCUCUUUUCCAUUUGUCUCCCUCUUCAUUCUUGUUGAUCUCUGCUGUUCCUUCUCCCUCCAGAAGGGGUGGAGAACCCACUUCCUUUUCUCCAAGACCAUGGUUGAUCCACCUUCCUCCCUCAGGCUCCUUCUUGACAGUCUUCUAGAAAGGAGAAGAGGGAAAAGAAGCAGUUCCUGAUGCACAUGAACAACUGCUCCCAGGUAACCAGCUCCCUGCACCCUUUUCUAUCUGUUAACUAAUUUCUCAAAAAUUUCUGAAUCCCCCUCCUCCUCAUUACUAAGAGAGUGCAUGCACAAAAGCCCAUACAUGCAUUUAGAACACAGUAUGGGGGCUAGUUACCCUGCCCCUCCUGUCCAAAGCCUUAGUCCUUUGAAGGAAGAUGGCCGAAAGAGAGGAACUCCAAGUCACUUCUCAAAGAAAUGCUGGCUUAAACAUCAUCCUUGUCUAAUGAAGAAAACAAAGAAUUUCAUGUAUCUUGUGGAACACCUUCAGGUCAAAGUACCAGCAGAGUGAAGAAAGAAACUGCUAGAAGCCACAAAGCAAUACGCUUUUUAGUCAUCAAUGAAGAGCCCAAGGGAGGUUGAUGGAGAGGGAGACUGGGUUGAGGCUCAGUGUAUAAUAAUCUCUUGCCUAAUGUGUAUGCAUUAUUAUUAUGUUGUAUUAACAAUCAUAAUAGCUCACAUUUACUUAUCUGCUAAAAUCUGGUGUCUUGCAUGCAAUACAACCCUCAAAACAACCCUAUCAGUUGAGUAAUAUCCCUAUUUUAGAGCUUAGGAAACAGCUCACAAAAGCUCAGUAAUUUGUUCAAGAUCACAUAGCUAGUAAAUGGCAUAGCUGGGAUUGUGAACUCAAGAUAUCUCCAGAGGUUCUGUGCAUAACCAUUUGAUUAUAGUUCUUCCUUUAAAAACAAAACUGACAACUUUGCCAUAUAUAGUCUCUUAUUAGGAAAAGACCACAGUUUCUAACUGCUCUGCCUUCCUA